AUGACGAGGCCGGAGGGCCGUAUCUCAUCGCGGCGCGGCGUCGCCUACUCCCGCGAUCGCAUCGAAGACGAACAGGCAGACUAUGUAUACGGUAGGGCAGCUGCCAUACCUUGCCCAAAGGGGAGCUCCGCCCCUGACGGCUACCCGUCCAUCUGCAGCAACGCCACCUGCGGCGACCUCACCAUCGCCUACCCGUUCUGGCUCAACUCCUCUACAUCUUCCAGCUGCGGUUAUUCCGGCCUGGGCCUCGCCUGCGAGGGCAACACCACUCUGAUUCUCCUCGACCAAUCGCACCACCGGUACAGAGUCUCACACAUCGACUACGACACACAGACGGUGUCCCUGGUCGUCGACGCCGAAACCUUCAGCACGACCAGCUGCCCGCUCCUCCACCGCAACCUCACCAUCGACACCAGCUCCCCUCUGCAGCUCACGCCCUCGGACUCCAGCAUCACCUUCUUCUACAACUGCACGAAGAACGCCUCCUGGCCUUCUGCCGUGGAAUUAAGUGGCUGUCCAGACUAUAACAAGACUUCGUACGUGCUCAUGGACGAUGGUUACCCGGGCGAAGCGUCCAAGUACGGUUGCGAGGCGGCGGUGGUGGCGCCGGUGCUGGAUACUCAUAAGGAGGCCAUGGCGGAAAUGCCUCGGGAGAGAAGAUAUCUUGAUGUUCUGAUGGGCGGGUUCGAACUGAACUACAGCCCGCACUCCGGGCAGUGCGGCAUCUGCGAGCGUUCCGGCGGAUGGUGCGGCUACCAGCACAACCAGACGAAUGGAUCGUUGGGAUUCACUUGCUUCUGCAAUGGCGGCCCGACCACGGAUCAUUGUGGUACGUACGCGUCAAUGCCGUCAUCUCCUGACUCCUCCCUCAGUGCUUCUCUUUGA